AUGGAGAAACAAAUAUUUGGCUUAAAAUUCGCUGCAAAACAAAUGCAACGUUGUGCAAUUCGUUGCAACAAAGACGAGGUGGAGUCUAAGAAUAAAUUAAAGGCUGCUAUCAAGAAGGGGGACCAUGAAGGUGCAAGAAUCCAUGCAGAAAAUGCGAUUCGACAUAAGCACACCGCAACCAGCUAUCUGAGACUUGCUGCGCGAAUCGAUGCUGUUGUCUCUAGGGUUCAGACAGCCAUGACUACCAAGAAUUUUACUAAGAGCAUUAUGACAGUUGUCAAUUGUAUGGAAAACGCAGCCAAGUCUAUGGAUAUGGAAAAGGUUAGCUGUCUCAUGGAUAAAUUCGAAAGAGAAUUCGACAACAUGGAUAUACAGUCAAAGCUUGUGAGCUCCUCGCUGGCCAAUGCGAUGUCCAUUUCAACUCCUGAAAAUGAAGUUCAAGGACUGAUAAAUCAGGUAGCUGACGAGACUGGAAUAGAACUAAACUAUGAACUCCCUGGUUCUACUCACGGUCCAGUUUCGGUGGCCCCUAUUUCAGCGGAGGAGGAAGAUGGUCUCACGCAACGCUUAGCUAGACUUAGACAAUCGUGA